UCCAUCGCGGCCCCAAAAAAGGUCUAAAACCCGCCAAUUCCCAAUUCCCAGUUGCCACACAUCGAUUAAACAUAUUUCGAUGUGCGUGCUCUGGUUUUCUUAAUCCAAUAGCCUCAUCCCUCCUUUAAAACCCAAUUCUCCCCCGACUUGUUUAUCGCGUCCGUUUCCGGCGACAAGUUUUCUCCAUUGUUUCUUCUGUAUUUCUCGUUUGAUUCUUAGGCAAAAUUCCCGACAAAAGUUUCCAUGGGUAGGCGCGGAUUGUUUGAUUUGGAGAGGCAUUUUGCAUUCUAUGGGGCUUAUCACAGCAACCCAACAAAUGUUUUCAUUCAUAUCCUGUUCGUGUGGCCAAUUUUCUUCACUGCCCUUAUGCUCUUCUACUUCACCCCCUCCUUCUACUCUUUGCCUAAAUGCCCUUGUGGGUUCAAUCAUGGCCUCGUUUUGAAUUUUGGGUUUUUGUUGGCUUUGGUUUAUGGCGCUUUCUACAUACUUUUGGAUAAGAGAUCUGGGUCUUUGGCCGCUUUCAUGUGUUUUCUCUGCUGGGUUGGAGGUAGCGUUUUUGCUUAUAAACUCGGCUUUGAUCGAACUUGGAAGGUAGUGCUGGCUGCACAGUUGUUGUGUUGGACAAGCCAGUUUCUUGGUCAUGGAUUGUUCGAGAAACGAGCGCCUGCUCUCAUCGACAACCUUGCUCAAGCUUUUCUAAUGGCUCCAUUCUUCGUUUUGUUGGAGAUUCUUCAAGGUUUAUUCAAAUACGAACCAUAUAAAGGAUUUCACGCAAGCGUAAAAGCGAAGAUAGAAGCCGAGAAGAAAGCGUGGCAAGACAAGAAAGAAAAAAAAAGCUCUUAGCUUGAACAUCCCUUUUAACCAUUUGUAGAGAAUAAUGUAUAAAAUACGUAUGUUUGAUUUGGUGUUGUGUGGAACUGAGUAAUUGAAAGCUCUAAUAUGUUUGAAAAAUUCAGUAAAUAGAGAGUUUGCACUUUGCAUACUAAUUGUAUUUGAAUUGAAUUAGAUUAUUAGAAGGUCGCAUGUGGGGAUUCGUUUCA